UUGAAAGGAUCUACUGUGCCGACAUAUGGGAUGCAUUGGACAUGCAUCUGUUAAUUUUCCAUUCCUAUUGUGCUGGCAGAAGCGAUAAGGAGGGGAAGAAAAAAGAAAGAGAGAAGAAGAUUGAAGUAUAGAGAAUCCAAAGAGGAAGAAGAGCGAGCGAGCCUGGGGUGUUAUGCAACUUUUCCCUGGCUCCGUUGCUGAAUCGUUUUCGUCAAACUUUCCAAGGCCUCAUUUUGUACGCCAAACAGUUCCCCGCAUAAUAACUGCAGCAUCUGGGGGCCACAAUAAAAAGAGUGCAGAUAUUGUUUCAACGUUUUCCACGUACUCAUCAGAUUUUUCAGCCUCUUGCCUCUUUCGACAAGCAGAAGCCUUUCAGUUGUUUUGGUGAUUGUGGUCGUGAAUCACCAUGGUUGUUUAGGUGCGUUUACACAAGAGGGAGGAAUGUUUGUGGGGAAUAAGGUAGAGUUGUGAGGUGGUCAGUGGUAGUCUAUAAAGGCUGUCAAGCCUUCAUAGCGGACUCUUGUCAUGUCCACUAACAGGGACAGAUUUCCAAUAUCCCAGAGUGCAACACUGCACCUGUCCCCGGCCUGCCACACCACCACCCCAGGAUCUGACAUUUCUCAUUCUUGUCCAAGACAUCCUCGACUUACGAGACUGCCUACUGUUUGAACACCACACUACCUGCCCUCCAUCUCCUCCACGCAUAAGGAGCGACGACCUCAGAGGCCAUGUCUUCUCUCCGUGUGCCCUUGCUACUGGCCGUGCUGCUGAGCGUGGCCUUGUGCCAGUACGACGAUUAUGACUACCGGCCUGUCAACAUGCUGGGGCCGUCCGGACCGAACUGCCACGUUGAGUGCGACUGCCCCAUCGGCUUCCCCACAGCCAUGUACUGUGACAGCCGCAAGCUAAAGAGCUUCCCCGUGGUUCCCACGGGCAUCAAGUACCUGUACCUGCAGAACAACCAGAUCGACGAGAUCAAGGCGGGCGUGUUGGACAACGUGACCGCCGAGCUCCGCUGGCUGAUCAUGGACAACAACCUGCUCACCAACAGCAAGGUGGCCAAGGGCACCAUCGACAAGCUGAGUGCCCUGGAGAAGCUGUUCCUCAGCGACAACCAGUUGACGGAGCCCAUCAUCCCCUCCUCCAAGGCGCUGGAGGAGCUCAAGAUCAUGAACAACAAGCUCACCAAGUUCCCGUCCGGCCAGCUCAACAACAAGGAGAACCUGACCUCGGUGAACCUGCAGCACAACGAGCUGACCUCCGAGGCCGUGUCGGGCGCCUUCAAGGGCGCCAAGAGGCUGCUGUCGCUGGACGUGAGCCACAACAAGCUGAAGAAGCUACCCACAGGCAUCCCCAACUCGCUGGAGAUCCUGUACGCCGACUACAACGACAUCGACAGCGUGGCCGGCGGCUACCUCAACAAGCUGCCGGGGCUGAAGUACCUGAGGAUCUCCCACAACAAGCUGGUGGACUCGGGCAUCCCCGCCGGGGCGUUCAACGUCUCCACCCUGGUCGAGCUGGAUCUGUCCUUCAACAAGCUGCAGUCCAUCCCCGAGAUCAAUGAGCAGCUGCAGCAGCUGUACCUCCAGGCCAACGAGAUCAGCAAGUUCGACCUCAUGAGCUUCUGCAAGUACGUGGGGCCUGUCAACUACUCCCACCUGAAGCACCUGCGUCUGGACGGCAACAACCUCACACAGGCCAGCAUGCCGAUGGAGACGGUCAACUGCCUGCGCGAGGCCUCAGAAAUCAUGUUCAACGAAAACAGCUAAAGACCUCGAGAUCGGUCCAUGCCCGCCAUUAAAAUGAAACGUCAAAAGAGCUCAGACAACAGGGCCCCUGGGGGGGGGGUGUUUCAUUAAUAGAGGUUGUGUAAGGAACUGAACUGAUAAUAAUGAGGUCAACCCUUAUAUUCAGCUUCCUAAGGAAUCGCUAGGCCUAAAAGUGAUAACCAUCAAAAAAUAUACACAAUUCAAGUUUAAAGAAUUAGAUGAAUAGGUUACUUCAAGACAUUCCACCAAAAAGAAAACACACUUCAAACAUUCCAAAUGUGCACAUUUUGUCUUAAGUAUACCUAGAUGUAUACAGAUAGAAUGAAUUAUGCAGUGGCUGAAAUAAGCAGUCUGUAUUUAUCGUUUUAUCAUACAAUGUGUUGUCUGUCUUGUGUGUUCCCAUGUUUAGCAUAAUGCUUUUAAUGUAGCAACCCUAGAUACCUUGUUGUGUAAAAUACCUGCAGGUAGGGAGUGAUGUAGUCUGUGAUGUACUACAGAUAAGGCUUAUAAUGGCAAAUAGGAGAAAUAUAAUGACUGACAUUUUAUAAAAUCCUUUUUUUUAUAUCAUGUAUCCAAAUGUCUAUUUUUUUUGCUGCCUAAAAACUCAGUGUCUGCAACUGAUGGUGUUCAGGCUUUAUGAAACAGAUAUUUUAAUCUUUCGUAGCUUUGAAUUUAGUGAUAUUUGCAAGUUCAAUAGUUAAGUAAGUUUGUUUAAAAUCACAAGUUAAUCUUUAUUGUUUUAUUGGUGACACCCUCUUGCAAUUCAUAACAGUGAGGACUAUAAAUGGAAAGUACUUGUGAAUAUCCUAUCUACAAUAACAUUAAAUAAUCAAUAACUUGAUUAUUUAAAACUGUAUUAUCCGCAGCAAAAAAACACUGAUAUUUAGAAUAAAAAAAUGUAAUGACUUAAAUAUAAGCUCCAUGUGAAACACUUCAGACAAUAAGGGUGUUCAGGAUAAUUUGGAGCAAAUAUUUACACAUAAUCACAUAAUAUCUGAACCAUAUUAUGCCUUUUGCUCAUUUGUAUUAGUUUGCAUUAUUUGCAUGCAUUCCACCUUUAUGAUAAUAAACUCCCGCUUUUGCAGUUAAAAUGCUUGCAUUGUUACCUUGAUUGUGUGACAUGUUGGAUGCCUGAUAGUCCUGAGCAAUGUAUCUACAAUUGGAUGACAUUGCCAUAUACUGAAACCGACAUGACAUAGCAAUAUUAUUAGCUAAUUAACAUCAUUUCACUGUUUGGUAUUUUUAUUUUAUUUUUUUACAGUUCAUACAUUUUUGUUUGGUUUGGCUCAGUAACUGCUGGUGAAUUUACUAUGAGUAUAAAUGAUGCAGUGAAAUAAACUGAAUACAAUUUCCAACAUA